AUGUCUUCACCCAGAGUCUGGUUCAUCACAGGGGCUUCCUCCGGCCUGGGCCUCAACACGGCCCUCAGCGUCCUGCGCAGCGGAGACCGUGUUAUCGGUACUGGCCGCAACAUCAAGAAGGCCGCAGAAGAUACACCUGAGUUUGAGAAGCUCGGCGGCCAGUGGCUGCAGCUGGACGUCACCGACAAGUCGGCCCAGGCGACCAUUGAAGACGCCGUCAAGCGUGAAGAGGAGCGCCUGGGACAGACCGGCCCAGUUCACUGGGUCGUCGUCAACAACGCAGGAUACGCAAUCGUCGGAUCAGCCGAGGAGGCAAGCGAGGACAAGAUAUCCGAGUACUAUGACGCCAACGUCUUCGGCGCCAUUCGGGUGUGGAAGGCAUUGAUCCCGACCCUGCGCCGGCACAAGACAGGCACGCUCAUCACGCUCUCCUCGUACAUGAGCGUCCUCAACAAGCCGGAGCAGAUGCUGUACUGCUCAGUCAAGGCGGCGCUGGCCUCGCUGGCAGAAUCCUAUGCUAGCCUCCUAGCUCCCUUUGGCGUCCGCUCACUAAUCAUUGAGCCCGGCGCCUUCCGCACCAAGUUCGUUGGCAACAUCAUGACAACAGACGGGCCGGCGGUGGAGGAUUAUAAGAAAAAGAUGGAUGAUUGGAAGGGCAUUAUCCAGUAUGUCCUUCAGAACCCAACAGCCGUGGAUGGCGACCCUGAGCGAUUCGGCCCAGUCGUCGUGGAUGCAGUGCACGGGAAGGGCUUAUUCGAGGAGAUCUGGGCAAAUCACGACACAGAGAAGGCGCUGCAUGUUCCUACUGGUUCAGAUUCAACUGAAAUCCUCGGAAAUAAGUACAAGGAAUGGGCUGCAGGAGUGUCGAAAAUGGCAGAUGUAGCCAAGUUAACAGACGCGGACAAGGGAAAAUAG